GGUGGCCUUCCCUUAUGAAACACUACAGCCCCACCGACUACGUCAAUUGGUUGGAGGAGUAUAAAGUUCGGCAAAAAGCUGGGUUAGAAGCCCGGAAGAUUGUAGCCUCAUUCUCAAAGAGGUUCUUUUCAGAGCACGUCCCUUGUAACGGUUUUAGUGACAUUGAGAAUCUUGAGGGACCAGAGAUAUUUUUUGAGGAUGAAUUGGUGUGUAUCCUAAAUAUGGAAGGAAGAAAAGCUUUGACCUGGAAAUACUAUGCUAAAAAAAUUCUCUACUACCUACGCCAACAGAAAAUUUUAAAUAACUUGAAGGCAUUUCUUCAGCAGCCUGAUGACUAUGAAUCGUAUCUUGAAGGUGCUGUAUAUAUUGACCAGUACUGCAAUCCUCUCUCUGACAUCAGCCUCAAAGAUAUCCAGGCCCAGAUUGACAGCAUCGUGGAGCUUGUUUGCAAAACCCUCCGGGGCAUCAACAGUCGACACCCCAGCUUGGCCUUCAAGGCAGGUGAAUCCUCCAUGAUAAUGGAGAUAGAACUCCAGAGCCAGGUGCUGGAUGCCAUGAACUAUGUCCUUUACGACCAACUCAAGUUUAAGGGGAACCGGAUGGAUUACUAUAAUGCCCUCAACUUGUACAUGCACCAGGUUUUGAUUCGCAGAACAGGAAUCCCGAUCAGCAUGUCUCUGCUCUACUUGACAAUUGCCCGGCAGUUGGGGGUCCCACUGGAACCUGUCAACUUCCCCAGUCACUUCUUGUUAAGGUGGUGCCAGGGUGCAGAAGGGUGAGCCACCUAUACCACAUUGUGAUUGGGCCUCAGGAUUCACUCCCACGGUGCUGAGAGGAAGUGCAGGAACUGAACAGAGAGGUUCACCAGAGCACUGGGGGUGGGCCAGCUGUCUGGUUCCUUGGCCGUCAGUGUCGAGAUUCUGGUUCUGGGAGAAGGGCACUCUGGAUUUUUGUGUAUUCUUUCUUAAAGCUGCAUGUGAAUUUACAAUUCUCUCUCUAUAUAAAGAGUAGGACUAGGAGGAGCUCAGGGUUUUGGGUGGGUCUCUUAAGUCCCUUGUUGCAAAGCAGAUCAGAUCAAAGAGGUUUUUUGUUUUAAGGAAU